AUGAUCGAGGAGAAGGCUGGAUCUAACGAGAACAUCGAUGGUACUGACGGCGGAGAGGAUGAUGACGAGCUGCUUCGGCACGUUGAAAGUAUUGCGAGAGAUAGGAACGGCCAGCAAUGCCCCAAUGGCGGUAUCGAGGAUCGCGUCUCCGUUGAAGGAAACACAAACGACAUGGCCAUGGGUGAAGCAGCCUCGGAUUCUGACAGAACCGGCCGCGAGCGGCUCCGUGAAGCCCGAGAACUUAACGUAGAGCCACAGAAUGAAGAUUCGACUCUCAUUAGCGAGCAAACAGACGACUCAUCCGACCGUUUUCCCAAUGCCACCAGUCUCGGGACUAUCGCCACCGGCCAAGGCUCAGAGUUCAGCCAAGACAUCGACGGCUGGGAGUCGUACAUGGGAGAAGAGAAAAUCGAGGAAGAUAGCCAACUUGAGCUACUCGGUGCCGUUCUCAUAGAAGCGAGAGAUCGCCCCGCGGGUACGGAUCGUCAUAACAGCCGCGUCGUUCGAGAAAUUUGCCUCGACUCAAACGGUUCUCUGGAUGCAUCUUCUGGAAGAGAUCGAGUGGGUUCCCUAUCCGCAGAUAGCGAAACGCGGCGAUCAGAAACACCUGCUCAACGCAAGUCCUUCCGACGUGACCCCAGAAAUGCAGCGCACGACGCCAACGAAACCAGCAAACAGAAGGGUCUGUCUCGUGCUUCCAAUAGGCUGGGAGGUCAGGAUCUCAGCAUUGUGAGGGAUAACUUUCAUGAAAUGGGUGGAAGAAUCGCCAGAGCCAAGCAUAAGCGGACGUCUUCCGAGCCGUCGCCACCUCCAACUUUCGUAGUCUCCAAACGAACAAAGGCUGGAAGCGCAUGGACGACCUCGGCAAACAGUUCGCCGCGCACAAGGACACUCAAUUAG